AUGGAUUCUACAACAAUCCCGUACCCUAACCCUAAUUAUGAAAAACCUAAAAAUGGCUAUCCAAUCGGAGGUAUUCAAGUGGAGUUUCCGUAUCAACCGUACGGGAGCCAGUUGGCAUUCAUGUGCAGAGUGAUAUCGACCCUGGAUCGAGCGCAAAGAGACGGUCACUGUCACGCAUUGCUAGAGUCACCGACCGGUACCGGAAAAUCGCUCUCGCUUCUUUGCUCGGCUAUUGCAUGGCAGCAGAAUUAUAAGUUAAAGAAUCAAUAUGCGAAUCUCUCUCAUUCGAAGCCCAAUCCAGAGGCCAUGACGGAUCCUCUAGCCUGUGGUGGAGGAUUCAUCCCCGAGUCGCAGCCUUCUGGUGUUCCACCGUCAACAAAUGCAGAGACGGCUAAAUCUGCAACAAAUAACAAGAAUCAAAAGAAAAAGAACGCACCUACCAUAUUUUAUGCCUCGAGGACGCAUUCACAAAUUUCUCAAGUAAUUGGUGAAUACCGGAAAACUGCUUAUCGGGUGCCAAUGGCAGUGUUGGCUUCACGGAAACAUUACUGCACAAACAAACAUGUGCGUGGCAAAGAGAAUGUUGAUGAAGAAUGCAAGCUGCUUUUGGGAAAUCGAGAUGUAGGAUGCCCUGAAUUCAAAAAUAUGCAUAAAGUCAAAGCUCAUCCAUCAUUACAGAAAGGAGGUUGCCAUGAAGUUCAUGAUAUUGAAGAUCUUGUGAAAGUUGGACAAAUUGUUAGAGGGUGCUCAUAUUAUGCAGCACGUUCCAUGGCUGAUGAUGCACAGUUGGUGUUUUGCCCGUACAGCUACAUCAUUAAUCCUGUUAUUCGCGGAGCAAUGGAAGUUGAUAUUAAAGGAGCCAUUGUCAUUCUUGAUGAAGCCCACAAUAUAGAAGACAUUUCUCGUGAUGCUGGUAGCAUUGAUAUUGAAGAAGAUAUUUUACUUAAAUUGCAGAUGGAAUUAGGACAACUAUGCUCCGUUAAUGCCAUGAUUUACCAACCUUUAAGUGAAAUGACACAGGACCUCAUAAGUUGGAUUGAGCGGAGGAAAACAACAUUAGCAAAGCGGGAAUUUCAGCAUUACUGCUCUAUCUGGACUGGUGAUAAAGCUUUAAGAGAACUGCAAGAAGCUAACAUCUCACAGCAAUGCUUCCCGAUAUUACUAGACUGUGCCACAAAGGCAAUCAAAGCAGCCACAGAUACAGAAUCAGAGGUGCCGCAUUUAAGUGGCAUGUCAGUGAUAACAUUGGAAGGAUUAUUCUCCUCGCUUACAUAUUUCUUCUCAAGAAAUGGUUGUCAUGUAUUUGAUUAUCAGCUUGCGUUACGACGAUAUGUCAAAAAAGAUGCAAAAACUUCUGCUGGUGACUGGACAUGUACUUUUAGUUUAUGGUGCUUGAAUCCGGCUGUUGUGUUCAGAGAUGUUGCUGAACUUUCUUUGUCUGUCAUUUUAACAUCUGGGACUUUAUCACCGAUGAAUUCCUUCUCAUCUGAGCUUGGAGUUCAGUUUGGAACUUGUCUGGAGGCUCCACAUGUAAUUGAUGUUGAAUCACAGGUGUGGGCUGGUGUAAUCUCCACUGGUCCAGGUAAUUAUCCUUUGAAUGCAAGUUAUAAAACAGCUGAUGGAUAUGCCUUCCAGGAUGCCCUUGGCAAAACUUUAGAGGAAAUUUGCAACGUUGUUCCUGGUGGCUGUCUUGUGUUCUUCCCAAGUUAUAAGCUGAUGGAGAAACUGUGUAAACGUUGGCGUGAAACAGGCCAAUGGUCUCGACUUAAUGCAAAGAAACCGCUUCUUACGGAGCCAAAAGGAGGAAGCCAGGAAGAUUUUGAUCUCAUUUUGAAGGAUUAUUAUCACUCAAUUUCUCAAGGCAAGAAACCUGCUGUUGUGAGAAAGAGAAGGGUUAAGAAAGUAGGCAUCAAUCAUUUAAAUGCAACCGAGCCCCUUAAAGACACUAAAAAGGAUGGAGCUGGUUUUCUUGCAGUUUGCCGAGGAAAGGUUUCAGAAGGAAUUGACUUUAGUGAUGAUAAUGCCCGUGUGGUUAUAGUUGUUGGCAUUCCAUUUCCAAACAUAACUGAUAUUCUAGUUGAUUUGAAGAAGAAAUAUAAUGAUACAUAUAAAUCAGCAAAAAACCUUCUAAGUGGUAAUGACUGGUACUGCUACCAGGCCUUUCGAGCUCUAAAUCAAGCUAUAGGACGCUGUAUACGACAUAGGUUUGAUUAUGGAGCCAUCAUCUUGUUAGAUGAGCGUUUUCGGGAGGAAAGGAAACGAGCAUAUAUUUCAAAGUGGCUAAGGAAAUCCAUUAGACAGUAUGACAACUUUGAAAAACCACUAGAGGGAUUAAAAUCUUUCUUCAGAGAUGUCAAGGAUCGGGUUGGCAAGAAUAUGUUAAAUUUGUCACAGAAUAUUGAUAAUAACAAGAACAAUGUCCCCUCUUUGGUUGCAAGUAAAGAGUUGACAAGAAAGACAACUCAGAAAUUUAAUGAGUCUGAUCAUUCAGGACAGAAAGUCCAUUCAGUGACAAAGUGCGAUUCCACCUUUUCCCAGUGUAAUUCUCAAGGCUGUUUUGAAGUUCAGACAUCAGUGAAACUUAAUCAAGACACUAGUAGCUGCAUACAACAUACUGACCUGGAAACUGAAGAAUGUAUUCAUGAUAAAAAUGACCACUCUAUUAAAUUCAGCAAAGGGUUCAUGAGUAAAAAAAAUGAAAAACUGAACAAUGGACUGGAAAAAUACUUUCUGAUGAAGCAUGAUGACCCUUCUCCCGGGUUGAAAUCUGAAGGCGAUAUUGUAGUUCAGGCAUCUUUGCAGGUAGAUAAGGACAUCAACGACUGCAGAGAUUAUAUUGAUCUAGGAUGCAGUUUGCAGAAAGAUUCAAGGUGCUACGAGGCUUCAACUAUGCCAUUCUCCAAUGAAGAUCCAGGAUUAUCCCUUGUCAAGGAAACCCCUGGUAUGGGUGACAAUAUUACUGUGGCUAGUCCUGGAUCCUUCUCUAAGGAUGGAAACUCUAGUUCAACCAUAUUUCAAGCCUCUACCCAGUCUCCAGAUCAGUUAUCAUUCCAUUCAAGGACUUUAACAAAUCUUGGCACAGUUCCUUCCAAAACCCAGUCCGAGAUGGUAGUUACUCCAGAAAAAGAUUUUAGUGGAAACACCAGCAAUAUCCUGCCGGAAAGAGAUUCUUCUUUGAGUGUUAACUCACAUACCCAAAAGAGGAGGAAGUUCUUGGGUUCUCCAUCAGUUGACCUGAACUUAAUUGCAAAUCGCAGAAUUGAAUUUAGCUUUGAGACCACUCAUGCAGAACAUAAAUCCAAGAAGUCAAAUAUUAGUGCACCAGUUACAAUAAAUAAUGGUGCUGCUUCACACGUGUCAUCUAGUCCUAUUAUGAACAAGAGAUUACAAAUUUCUUGUUCACUUUGCAGAAGCCCUUUAGGGCUUCAUGAGAAUCAUCAGUAUGUUUGGUGCUCAUUAACUGCAUCUACUAAAGUUCACUUAGUAUCUCUUCUGAAAGAACAACUGGAACCUGGUGAUGCAAAUGUUCCAAGUGUACCUGUUAUCAUUACUGACAUUUCAUCAGUUCAUCAGCAGCUCUGCAAGAGAACUCUUGAAGGUGCUUCUGGAAAGGGUAUAUGGUGUGAAGAAGAUGGGUGUGUAUACAAUAACAUCUUUUGUCCCUUCUGCAGUAUCCCCAACAACUGUCUUGGUGUACAGAUUGUAGCAUGUGAUGCCUCAAAUAUUCAGUUACUUAACAAGAUAUUGCUUUACUUGGAACGUUUGGAAAUUAGGAAUCCUGAAGCAGAAAAAUACAAUCCGUCAGAAGCCAAGGAUUCAAUGCCAGUUAAGGGUAUGGGUGUAGAUAAAGUUGCUGCUUCAAAUUGCAUUGAAAAAUUUUCAUAUUCCCCAUCACAGAACUCGGGAGGCUGGAGGACCACAAAAACAAAGCUGAGACUACCAAAGAAAGCCCUGCUUUCUAAUGUAGAGGGCUGAUGGCCAUGCCAAACAAGACCUUCUCUUUUGUACAACUUAUCAAAUUGGAUAUAUAUGUCGUGCUUUUUAGUUCUUUACUGCCCACAUGAUACGAGUUGAAGUUGAGAUUGCUUAUGUUGGAAUGCAAAUAUUUAAAGGCAAUGGCCGCAUCAUUUGCCUUAGCAAGUGAAAAGCUCUGAUGGUUCAAAACUGCACCAACUGUUGCAAUAUGCCUGACUGCCUGAGUCCACUGAAGUUAACCUUGAAGUUCACAGAACAUGUUAAGCAGUUAGAUUUUUGAUGAGAUAACUUUGGUGUAUCGGUUUAUAAGGUGUAAAAUGGGCUUCUUUGUAAAUAUAAUAGAGUUUAACUUAUUUUGGUCUUCUGAUGAUUCUUAUUAUUUCUAGCAAUUAGUUUAUCAGUUUGUAAGGGUGGUUUUGGUUAUAGGCUUAUAGCUACAAACACUUCAAUCAUUCAAAACCUUAAAAUAUGGUUUCAGAACUGUUUUCAUAAAACGAAAAUAAGAAAUUUACAGUACAAGUUU